CCUGCAUGGCGGCCUGCAUGGCAGGAAGCUACGGGGCCGCGAUGAGCCUGGCCGGGAGUUUUCGAGCCGCUAGGGCGCUGCUCCCCGCGUCGCCCUCCGUUGUCUGCUGGGUCUGUGCGGGGUCCGGCCGGCAGCAGAGCACUGGGCCUUCCAAGCCUGGCGCGUUCCAGCCGCCACCGAAACCGGUUAUCGUGGACAAGCGUCGCCCGCCGAGCCAGGAAACCAGGUUUUUGAGUCCUGAAUUUAUUCCUCCAAGGGGAAGAACAGAUCCUCUGAAAUUUCAGCUAGAAAGAAAAGAUAUGUUAGAAAGGAGAAAAGUACUCCACAUUCCAGAGUUCUAUGUUGGAAGCAUACUUCGUGUUACUACAGCUGACCUAUAUGCCAGUGGAAAAACCAGCCAAUUUCUGGGGAUUUGCAUCCAGAGAUCAGGAAACGGCCUUGGAGCUACUUUUAUCCUUAGGAAUAUUAUUGAAGGACAAGUGACCUAUGGUGCUGUGCAUGUGGGAACUCAACAGGACUUGAUCAGUCACAGAAUCUUGUGCCUUUAA